GCUGUCUUUAUGAAAAUUAACCAUGUUUUAUAUACUAGUCUAUUUUGUUUUUUAGAAAAAAAGGUUAGGUGUCAACAAUGGUUACCAUGUUUUUGCUACAAUAUUAACCAUGGUUUAACCGGGAAAUUAUCAUAUGUGUUAUGAAACAUUUCUCCUGCAAGUCUGCAGACAGGUGUACUUGGCCCCUCCUGCAGGAUGACGCGUCAGUGGUGUCAUUCUCCAUUACACCACCAGGAGGCGACGUGACACAAAACCUGGGAAAAUACAAGAAGAGAAGAAGAUUGGCGGCGGGAACUGCUGCGGAUGUAUGAAAUCACUUGUUUGUUUACUGGCUGUUAAUGACUGUAAACAUUCCCCAGUAAUGGCUCAAGAAUUUCACGUACUCAGAUGUUUUUCGUGUCAAAUCUUUCAAGUACAGCAGUGAUAGUGUGUUUUUCCCAGGUCAAAAAGAGCAAGAAAUGGGAAUGUAAAGUUUGUGGAGAGAAGCAGUCAGUUAUACAGGAGUACAGUCGGGGCGCUGCUGCUGACUGUAGACGGCAUGUUCAGAAACUGAAUUAUCUGCGUGGAGAGCUGCUGGAGGUGAACACUGAAACAGUUUUGUCACAAUGGCAGCAAGACAAAGAUUUUCAGAAUGAAUGCAUUAAUGAAGAUCUGAAUUCAAAUAAAUCAGAGCAGGUAGUGGCUACUGUUAGUUGCUGGAGUAAAUACGUUAAUCAAACAACUGAAGGUCCAAAACAAGAAGAUGAGAAGGAAGAAGAAAAUAUUUACACAGAAAGAGACCAAUUCAGGACCCAAGGAACUAGAAAAAGACAACUAGCUUCCGAAUUAAAGUUUGAUGGUGACAACUAUGGUAACUUCGAGGAUAAGGAGUCCCAGACUGGUUAUCGGUGUUUUAAGAGGUGGCCAUACCAGGAAUUACAGCAUCAUGAGAAGUUGAGUUCAUCAUGGAAUAAAGGCUGUUUUUCUAAAUAUUCCCACCAUAACAGUCCAAAAAAUGUCUCGUGCACUAGCACAAAUCUCCCAUCAUCCCCUCAGGCUGUUUCGAGUUACCACACAGCCUCCACCAGUUACAGCCACACAGUGGCAAACUGUAGUAAAGGCCAGUCUAACUCCUCACAUAACCAGCCAAGUGUUGAAGUAUCUAAACAUCUUCUCCAGCCCAACAAUGGUCCUUCUGCACCUUUGUCUAGUCGCAAGUUUGCUGAAUCAAAGCUUGAGAACAAUGCAUCCAAAUGGAAUAAAUUCCUCACUGUUGUCUCCACUCAGGAAGAGGAUAAUGUGAAUGAUCGUUUGUCUCGUUCAGCUUUUAUUGACAACACAGUGGCAUCUGAAUCAACAGAAGCAUUAACGGACAUUAAUUCAGAGGAAUACAGAUGUCCAAUGGCUGGUAAGACAGACACUGGUUUUCUAGGGAAACGGAAGCCUGUUGGUGACAUUUGUGGGGAUGGAAAUUCUUCCUAUCAAAGCAACAGUCACAUGUUAACCUCAGAACCAACUAGUUCUGAAAAUCCUGUGUGUAACCAGCCUCCACUUACAAAUAUGUUGUGUCCAGGCCUUUUGUUAAACCCCCUAUUUUCCACUGAAGAAGACUUCGAUAACACAUUUUAAUGUGUUUGAAAAUGACUACUAAUGUUAGAAAAGUUGACAUUCAAGGAUGUUUAGAAAACA